CUGUAGAGUCACUCACUGCUCUCCUGCAUCCUCGCUUGUGCUCCUUCUAUUGCAUACCUCGAGAUCUGCCCCGGACAAACCUCCACCAUGAGCGACGAUGAGGACCAAUAUCUGCUCUUCUUGAAUUUUUCAAAUGAAACCUAUGACACGACUGACACGAGCUACGUGGUCAGUGGCAACGUCGAGCUCUGUGCAAAGACCGUCAUCAACCAGUUUGGUGCAAAGUUCAUCCCAGUGUUCUACUACAUCAACUUCCUCCUGAGCUACGUCGGCAACGGGCUGGUGCUCGUCAUCAUCUACAAGUACGAGAAGCUGAACACAGUGACAAACAUCUUCCUCCUCAAUCUGGUCCUCUCCAACAUCCUGUUUGCCUCCAGUCUCCCUUUCUGGGCCACAUACCAUCUGUCCGAGUGGAUCUUCGGCAUGGUUCUGUGUAAGGUGGUCAGCAGCGCCUACUUCAUUGGUUUCUACAGCUCCAUCCUCUUCCUCACACUCAUGACGUUUGACCGAUACCUGGCAGUGGUUCAUGCCGUGGCAGCAGCCAAAAGCAGGAAACGGGCUUAUGCCUUUGGUGCCUCGGUGGCAGUUUGGUGCGUGAGCGUUGCAGCGAGCGUGAAGGAGCUGGUGCUUCGUAAUGUGUGGAAGGAUCCGCUAGAUGGCCUGAUGUGUGAGGAGUCUGGGUUUCCAGACAGCACCAUGGACCGCUGGCGCCUGGUCAGCUACUACCAGCAGUUCCUUCUCUUCUUCCUCCUGCCGCUGUUUCUGGUGAUGUACUGUUACAUCAGCAUCACCGUGCGCAUCCUGUCCACCCGCAUGAAGGAGAAGUGCCGCACCAUCAAGCUCAUAUUUGUCAUCAUCUUUACCUUCUUCACCUGCUGGACGCCCUACAACGUGGUCAUCCUGCUGCGAGCUAUUCACAUCUCCAGCACCAAAGAGGAAGAAUCAUGUUCUGACUCAGAGAACUUGGACUACGCCUUCUACGUGACCCGGAACAUCGCCUACUUGUACUGUUGCAUCAGUCCUGUGUUUUACACGUUUGUGGGGAAGAAGUUCCAGAGCCACUUUAAAAGGCUGAUGGCCAAGAAGGUCCCCUGUCUGCAGAGACACAUCAGCCUGAGCAGCCAAAGCACCAGAACCACAUCCCAGAGGUCGCCCCCCUCGGCUUACGACUACUAGACACAUGCAUGUCUUACUGCUGUUGUGAGGACACUUAUUGAUGUAAGGCCUUCUCCAACCCCGUACCGUAACCAUCACAACACCUCAUGCCAGCUCUGAACCGCACUGAGCAGAACCUGGGUCCAGCCUGAACCCUCCAACCAAGAAUAAAACCUCAAACAGCCUGAAGUGGUAAAGACGAGCCAACAGGUCCUCACAAUGAAGUGACGUCCUCAUGACAGUGUACACACACACAUACACCCUCACACACACUCACACACACACACACCCAUACACACACAUACACACUCACACACACACACACACACACACACACACACACACACACACACACACUCUCACACACACACACACAUCAACACACUGGCGUGUGGGAUUAAUGAGGACUACAAGUUGUUCAGAUUCUCGUGAUCAUCACUUAAAGAACACACAUGUUGAAAACCUGUUCUUCAGGUGAAGGUGGACAGAUGAUGGAUGGAUGGACGAGUUCUGAACAUGACUUUGUUUUGUAGAAGCGUCCCGACAGCAGCAGCAUGAGUUAAUUUAAGUCAGUGCAGAAUAGUGGGUUGUGUGUUUAUCAGUUGGGGGAUGCAGGAAGUUGUUUGUUCUUGUUUUUACCAUAUGAGAAGAGUCUGUCUCUAUCAAACCUGCUUAAAUGAAGUGAUGCAGUCCUCACAUUCAGUCCUUUCAUCAUCAAACGUAAUCAGCUUGGACCAGGACGGGACUCGUGUGGUUCUAGAUUUUGUUAUUGUCAAUCCAUGGCAGCAGUGAAGAGACCAGAAGCAACCGCCCAGACCUUUGUGUUCCCAUCCCAGACCAAUAUCUUUGAAUACAACUCAGCACAGUUCUUAUUAUUUUAUUCCUUAAAAAGCCUUGUAUGUAGCCUCGACACCUGGACCAGCGGCCCGGUACGAGCUUUAAUGCCAGCAGCCUGUGACGUUUGGUUCAAGGUUCUCAAGGGACUUUAAAUACUGUUUAUUGUUUCUAUGUGGUGAUUUUCUGCAUCGACCAUAAUCCCAGUUUUAAUCCUGUCCUUAUAUUUUCCAGCAUUGUUGAUUUAGUGUGUACUAGUUGGUCUGUGGAAGUAUUCAGAUGCACUAUUACACACUAGCAGUGCCUGUGCUGACACACUGAAAGCUUCCUAAUAAACUCUACUGAACACCAA